UGACAGUUGCUUCAGGAAUCUUGCUGAGGAUCGUAGUGGGAUAAACCUUAAAGAUCUGGUUCAAGAUCCUUCUUUGUUGGGUGGGACUAUAUCUGCAUACAAGAUAGUGCCAGACGAAAUAGAAGAAAUCAAGGAGACACUGAUAGACUGGUGUGAUGAAAAGGAACUUAACUUGAUUUUAACAACUGGAGGAACAGGGUUUGCACCACGAGAUGUCACUCCAGAGAAAUUCCCAACAUUCCCAUUAUGUGGGCUCCAGAGAGGGGCCACUAAAGAAGUAAUAGAGCGAGAGGCCCCAGGGAUGGCCCUGGCAAUGCUGAUGGGAUCACUUAAUGUUACUCCUCUGGGCAUGCUCUCUAGGCCUGUGUGUGGAAUCAGAGGAAAAACUCUCAUAAUUAACCUACCAGGUAGCAAGAAAGGGUCACAGGAAUGCUUUCAGUUUAUACUGCCAGCCCUACCUCACGCCAUUGACCUUUUGCGGGAUGCCAUUGUAAAAGUUAAGGAGGUACAUGACGAACUUGAAGACUUACCUUCGCCACCACCGCCUCUUUCUCCUCCUCCAACCACCAGCCCUCACAAGCAGACAGAAGACAAAGGUGUACAAUGUGAGGAAGAGGAGGAAGAGAAGAAGGAUAGUGGAGUUGCCUCAACAGAGGACAGUUCUUCUUCACACAUAACUGCUGCAGCCAUUGCAGCAAAGAAGCAUCCAUCCUACACCAGUUCUGCUGUUAUCAUGGCAAAAGGUGAACAGCCCAUCCCUGGUCUCAUCUGUUAUUCCCAUCACGCAGCAGGCAGUGCAGGAGAACCGAUUCCAGAUUCCAUCAUUUCUCGUGGUGUUCAGGUGCUUCCGCGAGACACAGCCUCCCUCAGCACUACCCCUUCAGAAUCUCCUCGUGCCCAGGCCACAUCUCGUCUCUCCACUGCAUCCUGCCCAACACCAAAACAAAUUAGACGGCCGGAUGAAAGCAAAGGAGUUGCUAGUAGAGUUGGAUCCCUCAAAGUCCAGUCCAGGUGCAGCAGCAAAGAAAAUAUCCUCAGAGCCAGUCACAGUGCUGUUGACAUUACCAAGGUGGCAAGAAGACACCGCAUGUCGCCGUUUCCUCUUACAUCUAUGGACAAAGCCUUCAUCACAGUCCUAGAGAUGACUCCAGUGCUUGGAACAGAAAUCAUCAAUUACCGAGGGUUACAUGGAGGAGGCAGCAGACGUAGCCCCUGCAAUGAAAAGUUUACAGUCCAAGAUGGAAUGGGUCGAGUCCUUGCUCAAGAUGUUUAUGCAAAAGACAACCUCCCCCCAUUUCCAGCAUCAGUGAAAGAUGGCUAUGCUGUAAGAGCUGCCGACGGCCCUGGGGAUCGAUUCAUCAUUGGUGAAUCCCAAGCUGGUGAGCAGCCAACUCAGACUGUGAUGCCUGGUCAGGUAAUGCGAGUUACAACAGGUGCUCCAAUCCCCUGCGGUGCUGAUGCUGUGGUACAAGUGGAAGAUACAGAACUCAUCAGGGAAUCAGAUGAUGGCACUGAAGAGCUAGAGGUUCGAAUUCUUGUGCAGGCUCGACCAGGCCAAGAUAUCAGACCUAUAGGACAUGACAUUAAAAGAGGUGAAUGUGUGCUGGCUAAGGGAACCCACAUGGGUCCAUCAGAGAUUGGUCUCUUAGCAACUGUUGGAGUCACAGAAGUAGAAGUUAAUAAAUUUCCAGUUGUUGCAGUCAUGUCAACAGGGAAUGAGCUAUUGAACCCUGAAGAUGACCUCUUACCAGGAAAGAUCCGAGACAGCAAUCGUUCGACUCUCCUAGCUACAAUCCAAGAACAUGGCUACCCAACAAUCAACUUGGGAAUUGUGGGAGAUAACCCAGAUGAUUUACUGAAUGCACUGAAUGAGGGUAUCAGCCGUGCUGAUGUCAUCAUCACAUCAGGGGGUGUGUCCAUGGGGGAAAAGGACUAUCUUAAACAGGUGCUGGAUAUUGACCUUCACGCACAGAUUCACUUUGGAAGAGUUUUUAUGAAACCAGGCUUGCCAACAACUUUUGCCACUUUGGAUAUUGAUGGUGUACGAAAAAUAAUCUUUGCACUCCCAGGGAACCCUGUGUCAGCUGUUGUCACCUGCAAUCUCUUUGUUGUCCCAGCACUGAGAAAAAUGCAGGGCAUCCUGGAUCCUCGGCCAACCAUUAUCAAAGCCAGGUUAUCAUGUGAUGUUAAAUUGGAUCCUCGCCCAGAAUACCAUCGGUGCAUACUGACUUGGCAUCACCAAGAACCACUGCCUUGGGCACAGAGUACAGGAAAUCAGAUGAGUAGUCGUCUGAUGAGUAUGCGCAGUGCCAAUGGACUGUUGAUGCUACCUCCAAAGACAGAGCAGUAUGUGGAACUUCACAAGGGGGAGGUGGUGGAUGUCAUGGUCAUUGGAAGGCUAUGAUGCCACCAGAAAGAGUGAAGCUUUGAUGCAUGUCCACAUAUCAUUGACUGUAUCCUGUAAUAUGCAACGGCACAGCUAGUUUUUCUGAUUUGGAUAAAAGUUGAUCAGUAUAGUCAACAUCUUGAACUAUAUUCCAAAUGGAAUUUAAAUAAAUACCUUUUAAAAAAAUCUUUAAAAACAAAUCUUAACAAAGAAAUUUAUUCUGAUUAUAUCAAAGCAACUUUUUCCUUUCUUGCAAUUGCUUUGUGUGUUCAAUGCUAGUUCUGAUAGCGGUAGCUUUUAGUAGACAGCAGUAGGUGCCUGCAGAACUUGUGUUUUUUCUCAUCUUUAAGAUACAACUACUUAUGCUCUUAAAACAAGGCUGUCUGCUUAUUUAUACUAGCGUAGACAACACUUGGAUUUCCCUUAUUAGUAUGCUUCAUAACCGCUUCACAGAGAGCUUCUGCUUGUUCUUUAUCUUGUAUCUCGUGUUGAUGUGCACAGUGCCAAAAGCAGAGUGGCUGCACUGGGAACCCAAUGAAGCCCCGAGGUUUCCCCCCUCGCUGUGCAUUCAGGGAUCUCUCUUGUCCCAGCAGCCACCCAGCUCAGUACUCUUGGGCAGUAACUGGAUACCUUUUAUUUGAACAAACAAAAAAAAUUGCUUCCUUAAGUGCUGACAGCCUUUUUAACCAAUACAUUUAAAAAUGUACAGAACUGAAAAUUAAAAAAAAAUCAAAGACUGAUCUUGUACAGAUAUUAGUGUUACCAGCAUUCGUGUGGAAAUUAAAUGAGCAAAGAAAUAAAACUAAUGUUAAACAACUCUGUACCAUAACAUUUUCUGUAAUGAUAUUGAAACUUAAAUGAAUAAAAAAAAAUCC